GAUUGAAUGGACCAACUAACCUACGAAUCAGUAAUAGUCUAGACUCUCCUCUAUCAACAAUAUCUGAAACACUUAUAACAGUAAACAAUGACUUUCCAUUAGUUACUGUGGAGAUCAAUGCUUCUACCCAACCAAGUGUUGCAAUAACAUCAAGUAUAACUGAAAAUAUUUUGGAAGCUUCUGUUUCAAUUAUUUUAUCUAAGACUUUCCUUUCUCCUACUAUUUUUUCACAUAUGCUCUCUUCCUCAUCAUCAUUCUCACAUGAAUUGUCAAAUGAAUCAAUCAAUGUUCAUGAUACUUUACUAAAUGUUGCUACUGAAACAAUGAACGACAGACUGACAGCCAAAGUACCUAGUCCCUCACCCACACAUAGCACGAUAAAGCCGACUAAUUCCUUAAUAUCCUCCACUAGUACAUUUGUCAUAUCAUCAACUGUACCACUCACUCCAACCACUCAAUCAAGUGCAUCAUUCCUAGUUGGUGGAAUUAUAGUGGCAGUGGUCUGUAUAAUUCUUGUAUGUACAUGUCUACUAAUAAUAGCAUGUAUUAUUAUUGUUUGUGUGAGGAAAAGAUCAAAAUCAUCAUUUAAAAGUAAUCCUGAGGAACUAAGCACAUCUUUAAAGAUCUUAACAACAUCUACAAAUGAUGAUCAUGAUACUAAUAUUGAUACCCUGAAGGAUAAUCCAGCAUAUGUUACAACUACUGGAUCUACUUCUGGAUCUACAACACUACAAGAUAAUCCAGCAUAUGUUACAACUACUGGAUCUACAACACUACAGGAUAAUCCAGCAUAUGCUAGUACUAGAAACACAGUAUCAGUGGAUGAUGAUACUCUGUAUACUUAUGUGAACAACAAUAGCUCUAAUUUAUACAGCACAAUUAAUUUUUAGCCUCUAUUCUUAUUAUAUUGUCUCCUCUCUUUGUAAUGCAAUUUAUUGAGUUAUUUGUACAUGUAC